AUGAUUCGAAAUUAUCAUCAAAAAUGUGUUUUACGUUCGAUUUUUCAACAAAUUCAGGUGAUGAUCAUUUGGUCGAUAAUGUUUGCCAUUGUUUUUGUUGUUGAUGAUAAUGUUCGAUGUAACCAAAAUGUUGUGGUAAAUUCCCGACCAAAUUUCCUAAUAAUGGUUGCCGAUGAUAUGGGUUAUGGUGAUGUUAGUCUGCUUGGUAAUCAUUCCCUACCGACACCAAAUAUCGAUAGAAUCGGUCGAGAAGGAAUGAUAUUAAAUCAACAUUUAACAGCAGCAUCAGUUUGUACACCAAGUCGUUCGGCAUUUCUUACCGGACGUUAUCCAAUUCGUAAUGGAAUGACGGCAGCCGGAAAGAAUCGUGUUUUUCUUUUUGUUGCAUCAUCAGGUGGUUUACCACCCGAAGAACUGACCAUAGCCAAAUUAUUAAAACAACAAAUCGGUAAUGAAUAUCGUACAGCUUUGAUUGGUAAAUGGCAUUUGGGUAAAGAUUGCUCGAAAUUAGAUGAUAAUUGUCAUCAUCCAAAUCAACAUGGUUUUGAUUAUUUUUUCGGCAUACCGUUGACAAAUUUGAAAGAUUUUGGUGAUGAUGGUCAAAGUGUUGUCAUAUCAUAUUAUCCACAUUUUUAUUUACUGUUAACAAUGAUCGGUCUGUUAGGAAGCACUCUUGGUUUAAUGAUAAUCAUUCGAUUUCAAAAAUCAUGGUUAAAAUCAUCAAUAUUGAUUAUUUUAAUAUCAAUAAUAUUACCCGCAUUUACGAUUAUAUUUCAGAAAAAUAUUUCCAUUUUAAACGGUGUUCUUUAUCGUAACGAUCAAUUAAUCGAACAACCAAUUCAUUUGAAAGGUAUAACCAAAAGAUUAACCGAUGAAAGUGAACAAUUUAUUCGAAAUACAAUUGCGCAGAAUCAAUCUUUUUUUGUUAUUCUUAAUUUUAUUAAAGUUCAUACAGCACUUGUACCAUCGGAAAAAUUUGAAGGAAAAAGUCGUUAUGGUAAAUAUGGUGAUUGUGUUCUUGAAUUAGAUGAUGGUGUUGGUCGAAUGCUCGAUUUAUUGGAAGAACUUGAAAUUGUUAACAAAACAUUUACAUAUUUUACUAGUGAUAAUGGUGCACAUCUGGAAGAAGUUGAUCUUAAUGGUAAUCCGGAAGGUGGUUCAAAUGGAAUUUAUCGUGGUGGUAAAGGACAUGGUGCAAUGGAAGGUGGUAUUCGUGUACCAACAUUUUUACGAUGGCCAAAUGUUUUACCAAAAAAUUUGACAAAAAUUUCCCAAGCAACAUCUCAAAUGGAUUUAUUUCCAACCAUAUCUGCUAUAUUAAAUCUUACAUUACCCACGGAUCGUAUUUUGGAUGGCCGUAAUAUUUUCCCGCUAUUAACCGGUGAAAACCAUACAAGUCCACAUAAUUUUCUAUUUCAUUAUUGUGGUAUUUAUUUACAUGGUGUACGUUAUAUCGAAGAUAAUGAUCAUGUUUGGAAAGUUUAUUUCUAUCAACCAAAAUAUAAACCACAAGAAGAUAAAUGCCUGUUUGUUUGUAUGUGUCACGGUAAACUGGUGGUUAAACAUGAUCCACCUCUGAUUUAUAAUAUUGCCCAAGAUCCAACUGAAAUCAACCCUAUUGUUGAUUCAAAAAUACGUUCAAAAAUUUUACGAAAAGUUACAAAAGCUGUACAACAACAUCGAUUAUCAUUGAACACAAAUAUUGAAUCACAAUUUUCAUUUGGAAAUUCCAUAUGGAAACCAUGGUUACAACCAUGUUGUAGUUGGAAAUUUUGUCAUUGUUAGCCAGUCAGUCAAUCAUCAAUCAUCAUUACGUUUUUCUACCGAAACAAACUUUUUAUAAAAC